AGCGCGGGGAAAUGCUGUCGGCAAAUGCGCCUUUAUUCAAUGUGGGCAGCUCUCGCUCCUCUCCACGAGCCCUUGGCAGGCCCGGGCCGGAGGGAGCGCGGCCGGCUGGGCUGUGCCCGGCUGGGGACGGGCACGAACUCGUGCUUGCCGUGCUCGGGGAGCUUUUCGUGCCCCGUCCGGGAUUUGCCCAGCGGCUGUCGAGGUGCUGGCGGGUGACGGCCCUUGCCAGGGACAAAGCAGCCCGCCGAGUGCGGAGGGUUCCCUCGCUCCGAGGCACGGGCGUUUGGCCGAGGGUCGCCGUCUGGUCCCGCCUGCAGGGGACCUGCUCACCUCCAGGGGACGGAGGAGCCGUGCCCUGCACUGCCCUGCUCCGGAGCGUCCGGAGCUGGGGGAAUCCCACCCGCAGCCGCGGCACUGCCAGCACAGCUCGUGGCAGCAGGGAUGGAGCAGCUCCGGGCCAGCCCUCGCAGCGGGCACGAGCUGGAUUUGUCUGCCAGGCACGGCUCGUCUGCAAAACACACAGCCCGGGGCUGGGAACCCGGCCACGGGCACCGGGGUGGGCACGGAGAAAGGGCUGCCCGCGGCUCCUCAGACAGGAGCCAAAGCAGAUGCCACCUGUCCAGGCUGGUGGGCAGCACUCGGAGCCACUCUGGGGGAAACCCCCUGGACCUGCCAGGAGCUCGGAGUCUGCCCUGCCAGCUCCUGAUGGGUGGCAGGGCCACCGGGAGGGAUUCAAAGAAACCCCAAAGCUUACCGAGGGACUCACCCAGAGGAAGAGAGCCAUUGCUGUCAUAAAAAGCUUGGAAAGCUGGUCAAAAGCCUAGGACGACAAUACUGGGAUUCCCAGGCCCCUUCUUAGUGGUUCCAUGUGAAUGUCUUUUUAGUCCCUCCAUUAGCAGCUUGCAGAACUUACCCCGGGAUUCAGAGGCUGAGCAGGGUUUGCUUUGGGUUGCCUCGCCCCUCUGGCCCCAGCUGCUGCAAACACAAGUGGGGCCAAGGCGGUUAAACACACUUGCCCCCCAAAACAGUUGCUGCAUCCCUUAGAAAUUACCCCAGGUUUUCCGAGAUAAAUGUCACCUCUGUCCUCCCUCGGUUAUCCCAGGUUUUCCCGGCUGGGAGCUGCAAGGAAUUCAGGCCAGUGAAGCCACACCGAGGAACAGCUGUACAUUCAAAGGCACAAAGACAAGAUCUAGCAGCAAAAGGCAGAAAGAAGGGGAAAGGUUUCAGAAAACGUCUCUGCAAUCUAAUUCCUAACUCUUUCCAGUUUCCCAGUGAGAAGAACAGGAACUCACAGCCACUAAGGCCUGACAGUCCCCUGCAGCCAGAGCUCCAUCUCAGCACACUCCCUUGGCGAUGGUGUGCUUUAAUUAACCACCUCAAACCAACACAUGAAAACCAAAUCAAUAUUCUAUUCUUCUUUUUAAUCGAGAGAUAGAUAAAGAUUGCAGAAUACAAAAGAACCUUCUUAGCCCCAAAAACUCUUAAAAGAGACAGACAGGGCACGGCUGCGCUGUGGAUGGGCUUUAAGGUCCCUUGCUACCCAGACCGCUCCCGGAUUGCACAGAAGAGGGCAGAUGCUCAACUUUGAGCUGCUAAGUUUAGGGAGUCAACUAAAGGACCAAAUUUAAGUCCAAGCCUCUAAUACUUUAUGGAAUACUAAAAUCUCUGCAAGUCUGAAAUGAAAGAGUACACCCGCUAAGGCUUGGACCUUCUGCACCGGCUUGUAACAAAGAGCCACCUCUAGAAAGCAAGAAGCACUUAGAAAGUCAAGAAAAGGGCCCAAAUUAGCAAAUUCCCAAAUGCUGGGGCGUCUGAACAUUGCACUGUAAUGAGGUGACCCACUCACCUGACAGGUGACUGCCAGGCUGGGACAGAGCUGUGUCUUCCCGCUACGGAACUCCCCGAGCCACUCUGGUACGGACCCUGUUUCUGUUCCUCCCGAAGGGAAGAGAAUAACAAUAAUAAUUAGCAAUAAAGAUUACAAACAAAACCCACGUACAAAACAUUGCAAAAGACAGAGGCUCAGUAAAACCCUUCCUUGGGCCAAAAGUUUCAAAAUUAAUUGGCAAAACUUGCUGUCAUCCUGAGAUUUGGUCCCGUUGCAGAGAAAAGGUUUGGGUGUGUUUUUGAAGAUGCUGCGGAGCUGAAAUCGUUUGGUUCAUUUUUGGAUCACCAGAUAAAUGGGGAGACGGUGAUCCCUGGUUUUGUGUUCUUGAAAUACAUCCCACGCUAGAAUAAACCAGAAAGGUCCCCAAAUGGA